AUGGUCGUUACACUCGCAGAAGGUGCAGGCAAUCGGCUUCCUACAGUCGUUCUCACCGUCGCGGGUAUAUGCACACUGGUUGCGGUCAUUGCCUCAGGCAUGUCUAUCCACUUUCAUCUCCGCAACUAUCGGAAACCGGCUCUCCAAAGGAUGGUCAUUCGUAUCAUGAUUAUGGUCCCUCUCUACGCCAUCUCAUCGCUUAUAUCACUCUUCUCGCUCGAUGCGGCAUUCUUCAUUGACGCAAUUCGGGACAUCUACGAGGCUUUCGUCAUCUAUUGCUUUUUUGUCCUUCUGUUAUCCUAUCUUGGUGGAGAGCGCUCCCUAUUGAUCAUGCUUCAUGGUCGCCCUCCCAAAGAUCCAGUAUUUCCGGUCAGCCUCUUCAAACGCGAAAUAGACGUCAGCGAUCCCUAUAUGUUUCUAUUCCUCAAACGUGGCAUUCUUCAAUACGUUCAAGUCAAACCUAUCCUGGCUAUAGCGACCUUGAUUCUCAAAGCUUUGGGAAAGUACAACGAAGGCACCCUUCGUUCCGACUCCGGAUACCUCUACAUCAGCAUUGUCUAUAACAUCAGCAUCUGUUUAAGCCUAUACUGCUUAGCCGUCUUCUGGAUGUGCGUCAACGACGAUUUGAAGCCUUUUCGACCAGUCCCCAAAUUUCUUUGUGUCAAAGGAAUCCUAUUCUUCUCAUUCUGGCAGGCGCUGUUCAUCUCCAUUCUCGUCUCAGCUGGAGCAAUCUCACAUCUCGGACCAUAUACUCGCGACGAGGACAAAGACACCAUUGCCUUGGCAUUAACGGACCUUCUCAUUUGCAUCGAGAUGCCUAUGUUUGCGAUCGCCCACGCCUACGCGUUUUCCUACACCGACUUUGUUGACUCAACCACGAUUUACGCUGCUCGGAUGCCAAUGUAUUAUGCCCUGCGUGACGCCUUUGGGCUCAAGGAUGUUGUUGCUGACAGUCGGGCAACAUUGCGCGGAGAAGGAAUGGAUUACCGCGAGUUUGAGCCGAGCGAGGGGUAUAUGCACCAAGGGGAAGGCCGCGACCGAAGAAUUCGUGCUGGUCUGCGAUAUGCUGAUGGUGGGAGGAGGAAAUAUUGGCUCCCGCAACCAGCGGAACGGACCCACGUUGGAGGGGAAACUGGUGGGCGGGUGCGUAAUGCGUUGGGCAAUGCGUUGGGGCACGAUGAUGGUUUGGAGGAUGUCCAUGCGCCGUUAUUGGCCUCACAAGAAGAAGAUGUGGUACAUCUGGCGCCUGAUCUGGUGCGACACGAGGAGAACAAUUCAAUCUGGGUGGGGACAGUUACAAAUGAAGAGGGCUAUCGGCUACCGUUCGGCGAUCCCGAUGCGUUGGGCGAUGAGGAGUUGUUUUCGCAGAGCAGGAAGUUCAUGUUUGGGGACUACAACUAUCCCGUUCUCGAUGUCAGUUCGGAAACUGCGCGAACCAGGAUAUGGGACGAAGAAGAAAGGGUGUUGCGAGACGAACGGAGUGCAUGGUUUUCGCCGGUCGGUGGGAGACCGACGCUGGAGGCGAGGGAGAGACAGAAGCCCAGAUGGGAGGGGUAUGGUGCGGUUGGAGAGACAACAACAAAUGCACCAAGUCGAACGAGAUCCUUUGGCCCGACGGAUCAAAGGCUGGUCGAUCACAACGACAACUUUGGUCCCAGUCACGAGGCGGAUGUGAAACUACGAUGGACCCGUUCAGCAGCAUCCUCAAGGACGAAUUCCAACACAUCGACGAGCAACGCCGCUGCGGCCAGAGCUCGCCUUGCGCAAGCUAACCGAAUUUCCCACCGAGGUUCAUUCGGUCCUAAUGAAAGCGCUGCAAGCAGUCCUCGGAGUCCGCCAUCAUUAGGCAACUCACGACAGAGUUCGGUACUGCCUCCUGAUGCUGUCGACCUUGUUGUGGAGGAGGACAGUGGCAGUACUUCGCCCGGGUUGAAACGGGUUUACCGACGAGGGUUUGUAGAUCCAGAAGAUGGUAUUGAAGGUGAGGUGGAAGUUCAGAGCCCUCGUUCAGUGGAACAGGGCGAAGAGGUAGCUGAGGCAGUUAUUGAGGAACUACCUGGCGAAGGGAGGGAAGAUAUUGUAGUUCGUGUGCGGACACCGCCUGUGUAUGCUCAAGUUCACGAGGAGAAUAAUCCAUGGGCUAGCUGA